AGAUAAAAUUAAUCUGAUCUACAGAUUAGUUUAAUAUACGAGUAUAUGAGUACUACUUUACAUAUGACUUUAAUAUAAAUAUAUCCACGUACUACCUAUUAUAUACUUAUAUAUAUACUCCCUAGAUGUUGCAUUUAGCACAAUCUUAUUCAUAACUUCUCAAUCUUCCAUCUUAAUAAAAAAAAACCAACUGAACCAAAACUACAAAAAUGGAGCUAGUGUUUGUGCCAACCCCAGGAAUGGGCCACCUUCUCUCCGCCGUAGAAUUAACCAAGCACAUCCUCGACCGCGACCACCGCAUUUCGAUCGUUAUUCUCAUCAUCAACAGCCCCACAACUUCCCAAACGCUCAACUCCUUCAUUGAAUCCCAAUCACGUGACAACCAUUACCCUACUCGCCUCACCUUCUGUUCUUUACCACCCCUCUCCAACCCUCCUGACCCCACCUCCUCCAACUUCUUCCAAACCCUCAUCAACCUCCACAAACCACUCGUUAAAACCGUUGUCGAGGACCGAGUCAAGGCCGGAGCCGGCCUUGCUGGGUUUGUCCUCGACAUGUUUUGCACUACCAUGGUUGAAGUUGCUGAUCAUUUCAUGGUCCCCUCGUAUAUUUUCUUCACUUCUGGAGUUAAUUUGUUAAAUCUUUUAUUUCACUUUCAAAUGUUGGAAGAUGAUCAAGGGGUUGACACUGCUACUAAAUUCAACGACCCGAGUAUCGAGUUCGAUACACCCGGGUUCGUCAACCGAGUCCCGGGGAAGGUCGUCCCUGCGGUGUUCCUCGACAAGGAAAGCGGAUCCUCCAUGAUUCUUAAUCAUGCAAGGGCGUUUAAAAAGUCCAAGGGUAUAAUCGUAAAUACCUACAUUGAGCUUGAAACAUAUGGUGUACAAUCUUUGUUCGAUCAAGUGGGUAAGAAUGGUAUACCGGCGAUUUAUCCUGUGGGUCCCAUCUUGGAGCUCGAUAGUAAGGGCCGAGGUGAAAGGGAAGAGUCUAUUAUAAAAUGGUUAGAUGAUCAACCUUCAUCUUCGGUAGUGUUUCUCUGCUUCGGAAGCAUGGGAAGCUUCGAUGAGGAACAAGUGAUAGAGAUAGCUAACGGCCUAGAGAAGUCCGGACAUCGGUUCUUGUGGUCCUUACGAAAACCACCACCCGAGGAUAAACUUGGAAUGCCAAGUGAGCAUGAAACAUUCGAGAAUGUGUUACCUAAAGGCUUUCUAGACCGUAUGGCCGAAAGAGGGAAAAUUAUAGGGUGGGCACCACAAGUCUCGAUCUUAGGCCAUAAGGCCGUAGGAGGGUUUGUAUCACAUUGUGGUUGGAACUCGACAUUGGAGAGUUUGUGGUUUGGGGUGCCUAUGGCUACGUGGCCGCUGUAUGCGGAGCAACAGUUGAACGCGUUUGAGCUAGUGAAGGAGCUUGGACUAGCGGUGGAGAUUAGGAUGGAUUAUCGACGUGAUUGGAAGACUAGGAAAGGUAACUUUAUGGUGACCGCGGAGGAGAUUGAGAAUGGGGUGAAGAAGUUGAUGAGUUUGGAUGAGGAGACGAAGAAUACAGUAAGAGAAAUGAGUGACAAAGGUAGAAAUGCAUUAGAAGAUGGUGGUUCAUCUCAGAAAUGGUUGGGUCAAUUUAUUGAAGAUGUUUUGAGUAAUGUUGCUUAAAGUAUUUGGUUUUUUUAUGGACUCUACGUCAUAAAGUGUUGCGAACUGAUUGCAUUUAAUUUGUUAAUGUAAGCUUUGACUUACUACUCAUUUUAGCGUCUAUUUAUGUUAUCUAUCAUAUUAUUUACUAAUUUACAUGUACUAGCUCUAUAUUUGACUAUAAUAUUAAUAAUUAGAUGAAAGUCCGUGUAACACACGAUUUUUUCAUCUAAGAUUUUUAAUUAU